UUCUUUUGGAAAAAAAAAAAAAAAAAACAGUAUUCUGUUAAAAUAUAGGAAUGUCAUUGUGUACAGUAUUUGAUCAGACCUUUCUUCCAUAAACACGAUUGUUGAGUUUCAAUCUCCAUUGAGGGAACACGGAACGGGUUUGUGUAAUCGCAAACCCUAAUUCAAAACGAUCUCUCCAAAUCAAUCCAUGUCGCGGGAACAAAUUGCGAGGGAGGCGAUAGAGCAUGCUUUGAAGGCUUUGCGAAAGCGGCAUUUGCUGGAAGAAGGCGCUCAUGCUCCUGCGUAUACAGCUCUUACAAAGCCAAUCCUCUCUCAGGGUUCAGAAUGGAAGGAAAAGGCUGAUAACUUGGAGGUGGAACUCCACCAAUGUUACAAAGCUCAGUCUCGAUUAUCGGACCAACUUGUGGCAGAAGUGGCUGAGUCCAGAGCUUCAAAAGCUUUACUACAAGAGAAAGAAGCGAUAAUUGCUGAUCUACAAAAGGAGUUGACUCAAACAAGAGAUGAAUUCUCUCAACUGAAGAUGGAACUAGAUGAAAAAGUGAAAGCUGUAGAAUUGCUUGUGAGUGAGAACAAGGAACUCAGAGCACAACUGGAAGAGAUGACUAUUAAAGCUAAGAAUGCGGAGGCUGAAAAUAAGAUGCUAGUUGAUCGUUGGAUGCUUCAAAAGAUGCAGGAUGCUGAACGCCUUAAUGAGGCAAAUGCGAUUUAUGAAGACAUGGUUGAUCGGCUUAGGGCCAGUGGCUUGGAGAAAUUUGCUCGGCAACAAGUGGAUGGUGUGGUCAGACAAAGUGAGGAUGGUGCUGAGUUCUAUGUGGAAUCAACCAUCCCAUCAACAUGCAAGAACAAGAUUAUUGCACAUGAAGGUGGUUGUGCCUCUAUAUUGUUUGAGGAUAAUUCUAGUAAAUUGAUCAGUGGGGGACAGGACCGGUCGAUCAAAUUGUGGGAUACAAAUACUGGAUCACUUAGUCGUACUCUCUAUGGUUGCCUCGGCUCUGUUCUUGAUCUUACCAUCACCCAUGACAAUAGUUCUGUCAUUGCAGCAAGCAGUUCAAACAACUUGUAUGUGUGGGAUGUCAACUCGGGGCGGGUCCGCCAUACACUCACUGGUCACAUGGAUAAAGUGUGUGCGGUAGAUGUCAGCAAAAUUUCAAGUCGUCAUGUUGUGAGUGCAGCUUAUGAUCGUAGUAUAAAAGUGUGGGAUUUGCAAAAAGGUUACUGCACUAGCACAAUCAUUUUUGCCAGCAACUGCAAUGCCCUUUGCUUCAGCGUGGAUGGACAGACCAUAUGUUCAGGUCAUGUUGAUGGGAAUCUCCGUUUAUGGGAUAUUCAGACAGGAAAGCUACUUAGUGAAGUAGCUGCGCAUUCGCUUGCUAUUACAUCUAUAUCACUGUCUCGAAAUGGAAAUGUAGUAUUGACAAGUGGUAGAGACAACUUGCACAAUUUAUUUGAUAUGCGUUCGUUGGAAGUUUGUGGUACAUUAAGAGCUUCUGGCAACAGGGUUGCAUCUAAUUGGAGCCGAUCUUGUUUAAGUCCAGAUGAUAACUAUGUUGCUUCUGGUUCGGUUGAUGGAUCUGUCUAUAUUUGGUCGGUAUCAAAAGGUGAUAUAGUGGGUUCCUUGAAGGAACACAAUGCACCUGUCCUAUGUUGCUCAUGGAGUGGGCUUGGAAAACCACUAGCUUCUUCUGACAAGAGUGGAGUAGUUCAUACCUGGACAUAAUGGGUCGACAAGAUUGGAAAUGGUGAUUCUCAGUCCAUUUUGUUUGUCUAGUCUUUAAUUAUCUGUGAUGCGUUAUCAAAUUCCUCGACCCCAAAGUCACACUGCACUGCAGGUAUAAUCUUACUCUGCUUCACCAUUGAUUGAUUAUUUUAGUAUUCCACAGGCCAAGGUUCACUACUGUAAAAUAGAAAAGGUCGGAUCUUGUAUAGUUGGGGGAAUGUGGAUCGUAUUUCUUUUUUACAUGAUUUUUAAAGCAAUGGAAGAACUUUAUCCUGAAUAUUUAGAAAGCCUAUAAACAUUUGUCAUUGAUACUUGUUAUAGUAGAUUCUUCAUAGCAGGCACUCCUCA